AUGAACAGAGACUCCCCCAAUAUUCUCGUUACUGGGACCCCAGGAUGUGGUAAAUCCAGUCAUUCUAAGAAGCUUAAAGAGUUAUUAAGUUAUGAAUUAUACUCAAUCAGUGAAAUAGCUAAAGAGAAAGGCUUUAUAGAGAAGUACGAUGAAGUUUUAGAUACUUCCGUAGUCGAUGAGGAUAAGUUACUUGAUUUUAUGGAAGUAGAAUUGGUUAAAGGUGGUAAUAUAAUAGAUUGGCAUGUUUGUGAUAUAUUUCCCGAACGUCUUAUUGACUUGGUGGUGGUAUUAACCACAGAUAAUUCUAUUUUGUAUGAUAGAUUAAAGGCUAGAGGAUAUAAGAAGAAUAAGAUUGAUGAGAAUAUUGAUGCUGAAAUAAUGCAAGUGAUCUUACAGGAGGCCAAGGAGAGUUACGAAGAGGGGAUAGUUGUUGUUUUAGAGAGUAACACCGAGGAAGAUAUGGAGAGUAAUGUGGGAAGAAUUGGAGAAUGGGUUGAGAACUGGAAGAAAGAUCAUCCUGAAGGAGUUAGUGGGGAGAAGGUUGAAAAAGAAGUUGAGAGUGAGGAUGAAGGUGAAGAAGGAGAAGAAGAAGAAGAAGAGGAAGAGGAAGAAGAAGAGGAAGACGAUGAAGAAGACUAUGACGAAGAUGAAGAACAAGAGUCUGAAGAAGAUGAAGAAGAAGAAGUAGAAGAGUCUGACGAAGAAGACUCUGCUCCUCCCUCCAAGAAACAAAAAAAGUGA